GGCGGAAGACUUGCCGAGGACUGGGCUCCAGACCGGGAUAACCAACUCCCCUUUUUUCUCCACUCGUACUUCCCCAGGCGGCGGCAGUAGCGGCGGCGGCGCCCGGGAGUCCUAGCCUUCGCAGCGUCCCCGUCCCUCCCCCGUAGCACCCCGCCCGGGCAGAGCAGGGAGCGCGAGAGCCCGAGCCGCGGGGCGGGCGGCGAAGAUGGCAGAGGCGCCGGCCUCCCCGGCCCCUCUCUCUCCGCUCGAAGUGGAGCUGGACCCGGAGUUCGAGCCGCAGAGCCGACCGCGCUCCUGUACGUGGCCCCUGCAGAGGCCGGAGCUCCAGGGAAGCCCGGCCAAACCCUCGGGGGAGGCGGCCGCUGAUUCCAUGAUCCCCGAGGAGGAGGACGAUGAAGACGACGAGGACGGCGGCGGUCGGGCCGGCUCGGCCAUGGCGAUCGGCGGCGGCGGGAGCAGCACGCUGGGAGCCGGGAUGCUCCUUGAGGACUCGGCUCGGCUGCUGGCUCCCGGAGGGCAGGACCCGGGGUCUGGGCCAGCCCCCGCGGCGGGCGCGCUGAGCGGAGGGACGCAGACGCCGCUGCAGCCUCAGCAGCCACUGCCACCACCGCAGCCGGGGGCGGCUGGGGGCUCCGGGCAGCCGAGGAAAUGCUCGUCGCGGCGGAACGCCUGGGGGAACCUGUCCUACGCCGACCUGAUCACUCGCGCCAUCCAGAGCUCCCCGGACCAACGGCUCACGCUGUCCCAGAUCUACGAGUGGAUGGUGCGCUGCGUGCCCUACUUCAAUGAUAAGGGCGACAGCAACAGCUCUGCGGGCUGGAAGAAUUCUAUCCGACACAACCUCUCGCUACACAGCCGGUUCAUGCGGGUCCAGAAUGAGGGGACUGGCAAGAGCUCUUGGUGGAUCAUCAACCCCGACGGAGGGAAGAGCGGGAAGGCACCCCGCCGGCGGGCUGUCUCCAUGGACAACAGCAACAAGUAUACCAAGAGCCGUAGCCGUGCAGCCAAGAAGAAGGCAGCCCUGCAAACAGCUCCUGAGUCAGCAGACGACAGUCCCUCCCAGCUCUCCAAAUGGCCUGGCAGCCCCACAUCGCGCAGCAGCGAUGAGCUGGAUGCAUGGACGGAUUUUCGCUCGCGCACCAAUUCCAAUGCCAGCACGGUCAGCGGCCGCCUGUCACCCAUCCUGGCGGGCACAGAGCUGGAUGACGUCCAGGAUGACGAUGCGCCACUCUCCCCCAUGCUUUACAGCAGCUCGGCCAGCCUCUCACCCUCCGUCAGCAAGCCGUGCACGGUGGAGCUGCCCCGGCUGACCGACAUGGCAGGCACCAUGAAUCUGAACGAUGGUCUGGCUGACAACCUCAUGGAUGACCUGCUGGAUAACAUCCCGCUCCCACCGUCCCAGCCGUCCCCCACCGCGGGGCUCAUGCAGAGGAGCUCUAGCUUCCCCUACACCACCAAGGGCUCUGGCCUGGGCUCUCCAACCAGCUCCUUCAACAGCACAGUGUUUGGACCCUCAUCUCUGAAUUCCCUGCGCCAGUCUCCCAUGCAGACCAUCCAAGAGAACAAGCCAGCCACCUUCUCUUCCAUGCCGCACUAUGGCACCCAGACACUCCAGGACCUGCUCACUUCAGACUCACUCAGCCACAGCGAUGUCAUGAUGACCCAGUCGGACCCCUUGAUGUCUCAGGCCAGCACCGCUGUGUCUGCCCAGAACUCCCGCCGGAAUGUGAUGCUUCGCAAUGACCCAAUGAUGUCCUUUGCAGCCCAGCCUAACCAGGGGAGUUUGGUCAAUCAGAACUUGCUCCACCACCAGCACCAGACCCAGGGCGCUCUCAGCGGCAGCCGUGCCUUGUCGAAUUCUGUCAGCAACAUGGGCUUGAGCGAUUCCAGCAGCCUUGGGUCAGCCAAACACCAGCAGCAGUCUCUCGUCAGCCAGUCUAUGCAAACCCUCUCGGACUCUCUCUCAGGCUCCUCUUUGUACUCAACGAGUGCAAACCUUUCCGUCAUGGGCCACGAGAAGUUCCCCAGCGACCUGGACCUGGACAUGUUCAAUGGGAGCUUGGAAUGUGACAUGGAGUCCAUUAUUCGCAGUGACCUCAUGGAUGCCGAUGGGUUGGAUUUUAACUUUGAUUCCCUCAUCUCCACACAGAACGUUGUUGGUUUGAACGUGGGGAACUUCACUGGUGCUAAGCAGGCCUCAUCUCAGAGCUGGGUGCCAGGCUGAAGGCUCACGGAGGAAAGGGGAAGUGGGCAAAGCAGUCACCCUUGCCGACCUAUGACUCUGGUCCCCCUAUUUGAUGGAUGGAUGAGGACAGAAGGGAAGGGGAGGAAGGCAGGACCUGAGUCACACAAACUUCAAGGUUAAGGACUCAGCCAAAGGACUUUCUUAGGUUCCCCGGUCCAGCACCCUUAUUGUUGAUCUUCGAUGUUAUCAUUUCAUCUUCCUUUCCAUUAAAGUAAUGAUUUGCAGGUACUUCGAAUUUAACUGUAGAAUAUGUAUUCUGGACUCUUUCAUACAUGCAUACUGAUAUUUCCAUCAGAAGCAAAAUCUGUUAGAUUCUUCACCAUAGUACGAAGCAUCUUUAUUAGGGAGCAUUCAGCAUCUGAGCCUUAAAAAGAGCGAAAGAAUUAAGUUGAAAACGGAAGUGUUUAUGUUAGAGCACUUACUCACGGGCGUCUUGAUCCCCACUGUAUAAAUGAUGUCAGGUUCUAAACAGAGUGACAUGGGCUGUGAAUAGUGGCAGAUUUUUAAAAUUGUGGCAUUUCAAUACUGUUGGAACUGGAAAGAUCACGCAGCAUGAUGUGGUAAGAAAAGUAUUUGAUUGGCAUCAGAAGUUGAGUGUUCAGUACGCUUCUGCUUUCUGGCUGCUCUUGAGAGAGUGUCAGCCCCUGAGCCUCAAUUCGCAUUUUAUAAAAGGAGGCUGGUAGCCACUGUUACUUUACAGGGUUAUUGCAAGAAUCAAAUGCACUGAGGUAUGUGAAAGUGCUUUGUAAAACUGCAAUGGGCUGAAGUGGGUACGGUAUAAAUUAGGUAAGCAUGCUGCCUAACAGAUGAGUAGUAAGCAGGGAGCGCAGGGAGGUUAGGUAGUUUGUCCAGGGUCACACAGCUGGACCCAGAAUCCGUAUUUCUUGAAUGGCUGGAACCAUAAUAGUUCUUUCUAAUUUUAUCUAGAUAGUAAAAAAUGGGAAGUGCUUUGGACUGGAGCUAGAGUAGCAGAUAAUAGACAGGCUUGUCCUGAAACUCUCCUCCUCAAGCAGUGAGAUGAGCCCUGAGGUCUUCUGCUAAUAGGUUUGCACCCCAGACCUUCCCAUGUUCAAGGACUCUGCUCUGUGCUUCAGCUCCUUUUGACUUAUUUAUUUUUUAAUCUCAGAAAGCAUUUUACACCCUCCUUUAAAUGGUAUAAGAGGAAAAUGGGAUUCGAAGCAUGAAAAGCUGAGCCUUGUUUAACCCUCUGCCCUGGUGAAGGAGUUACAAGGGUCUCCUCGAGUGAGCGCACUCCCGCUCAUGAGUACUUGUAGAAAGUGGAAUGUCAAGAGCGUUGUGAAGCUGGAGGCUUCUCGCUUUCCCAGGCAUACGCGGGCCCCGCAUGGAACUCAGACAUCUGUUUUCAGUCAUUUAAUGGCCACUGAGGUAGUAAAGAGACUGUAAUGGAAGCUAAAGAGGGGACACUUUCGUGCCAGCCAGUUCAGGUCAUACCCGAACUCGGGUGGUGGAGACUGGCCUUGAGAAAUUUGGAUACUUGGCUUUUAGAAGAGUAAAGAGUUUGUCUUCCUUUAAGAAGAGGAAUGCAACUGUGACUUCAAAAGACACAAGAUGUUUUAAUUUUGGUGGAGUUGUAGGAGGCCACUUUCUAGCUCAUUAAAAAGCGUAAGUGCAGAAGAAAAUGUACUGUCAAUUUUUGUCUGAUUUUUGUCAGUGUAGAUUUUCCAUUGAGUUGAAUAGCAGACCUUUCUAGUGUAUGUAUAAUUCUAAGAUUGUAUAAAAAUAUUUUAAGGGAGAUUUAGUCCUUAAGUUUUUAAAACAUGAAUGAAGAAACGUCAUGGAGACGGGGGAUGGGGAGUACUUUGAGGGAGUCUGGUUUCUGGGUUUAGGGUUUCCAUUUUGCUUUGAAAUGAAUUGCUCCUCUAGAUAGCCAGGAGCACGUGUGGCCUGAUGUGUGUUCUUUACUUUUGAACUUGUGGCUAUCACUAUAUUGAAGGUUCCUAAAUUGACAAAACAGGCCUGAGGUCACAAUGUCAGGCCUCACCUCACCCGGAUUAAGCACCCAAGGUUCCCCAGAGUCAUUGUACUGACUUCUUUAAACCAGAAGUCUUGUAUUCUCCAGACUCACUUCCUGACUUGCUAACUGGAGGUCAUGUGAGCCUGAACUGGAGCCAUCUGGUUACAGAGCAGUCGGUCCAGUCCAAGUCUCGCUGGAGAACUGUGGCGAGAUGUUCGCUGGAGGGCUGAGUGUUUCCCACAUGUCACUCACUUAGACCACAUGUAAAAUCCCUCAGCCUGUGGGUCUAUCUGGAAAAGAGAAGAGUAACCAUACCUUUUCAUGAGGGCCAGCUGCUGGGGUGUAAAGGGCUUUGUCCUCUCUCAGGCACCCAUAAAACUUGGUGAAGAAACAUACAAGUUGCAGCAGAGAUGUCUGUGAGCAACUGUAGUGGUUGCAAAGCUGAGUUUCUAAUAAGCCCUCCUGAGUUUGACACGUGUCUGCUCUCGGAGGGAAAGCAGCAUCAAUCUCACUGUAGUUUUGAUGUCAAAAGAUGCCUAAUUUCACAAGCUCUUUCAUUCAUCUUCAUCUUUUGGCAUUUGAAGACGCCCCAUUAGGGAGCAGCCCAGGAUUUCGUUUUAAACUACUUUAUGAUAAGGAUUGGAAAACAUCAACCAGGAAAUAGCCCAGAUGGAGAGGAGAAGGGUAGUUUUCUUUCUGUUUCUGCCACUGGUCACGUCACUGAUGAGUCUCUUAGAAUUGAAGGUUUCUCGUCUAUGAAAAGAGGACAGGAUCGUAGAGUUUUAAAGGUACAGCGUAUGUAUAAUUUUAAACCUGAAACCUAACAUUUGUCUGUGAAAUGGUCCUAAUUAGAGGUACAUGAUGGCAUGGAAAUAUAAAGAAACAGUGGUAAACCAGUGUGGAAACAGUAGGCUCCAGCGUUGGAGGCCAUGAUGAAUUUACAUUUAGGCUAUUUCCCAAAAGGAACAUAUCUUUGAUACUUCUAGAGUUAACUUUGAAUGCUGUGAUUCUAUUAUGUUCGGAGAUAGGACUAAUUCUAACCAAAUACAGGCAAUACGGGCUAUUCCUGCCACAUUUUUUCCUUGGUGUAGGUCUUUCUGUGUCAGGGAAUGUAGCGAGCGCAUGGUAAAUAUGAAUCUGUACAUAUUGCAUGGAGAAUAUCCUUUGUUUUUUUGCACUGUUGCUGUAGCUUAGUCUUUGGUGACAAUGCACCAGCCUCAAGAACUCUGCAUCUGCCAGGUUCUUCAUUCUUACCUGUGACAAAGCCCCAAGUGCCAUUCAUGGAGAGAGUGGCUGCCUGGAUCUUGUUGACAGUGGAUCUUGUUGACGGCAGUGAAGGAAAAUUGACAGAGCUGUGAAAAGGGGUUCUCUGUGCAGAGGCUGGUACACUCCUUCCAUGCAUUCUUUUCCCUGGAAAGCCGGGACAUCACGCUCGGGCCGCUCUGCCCGGGCCUGUUAGUUUUCCAGUGCCCCUGUGGUCACCUCUGGCCAGCCUGCUAGACGUGGGGACAGAGCCUGUGUGACUCUCACUUCAAGCAGUUGCAUUUAUAAGUGGCUUUCUGGAAGGUCUCUUUUGGCCACAGAGCUUAUGUGGAGCAUAAAUAAAUGGGGUGAAAAUCGCCAGAAUUACCACCGGAAAUUCUUGUAAACUUCAAGCUCCCAUUAAAUGCUUCUUUUUAGAGUGUUCAUAAUGCUCAAUAUUCAACAUCUAAUAAAUAACGUUUCAGAGCAGAGCCCCAGGGACAGUGAGCUGAAGUGGGUGGCUGGCUCAUGUCCAACUGUGAUGAGCCUGCUCUAGAAAUCAAACAUAAACUAAAGCAAGCGUCCUGAGGGCUGUUCACAGAAACCUGUAUCUGGGUUUAGUCUGGCUCUGGCCUCUUAGUAUUAUGGAGCUCCUGAGGUACGAGGGCCUAUGUUUUAUCCCCCAAACAAAAGCAGACCGUGUGAGAAUGGAAUGGGUCAAUAGGACAUUUGAAAGCAAGGUUGUCCCAGAAAACCAAGCAUGUAAGAUUGCCACACACCCUUGGGUCCUUUGCUUCAACCUUGCAUGUAAGGCAGUCUUUUCCUCACUACCACCACUGCUUCACCUCCCCAACCAGGCCAUUCAUUUCUUGGGGGUAGAGAGAACCCCUGUUUUAUUUACCUCUAUGCCCUGUGCCCAGUGCACUGCAGGUGCUCAAUAAAUGAAUUUUGUUUAAUGAAUUCAGGCUUCUCUUGAGCACAUGUACUAAUGUGGGGCCUACCAUUUUGCCAGGCAGCUCAUCCAGCCUUAGAACCCACUCCAUGGCUGAGAAGAGCUUGAUUAAUAUGAUAAGGGCAUACAAAACACUCAGUAAAAAUCAAGGGCAGAAAGGCCAAGAGUCCAUAGUAAUCAAGGCGUUGUUGACCUUUUUCAGCACUACGCUAGGGCAGGAUUUCUUCAGGGGCUUCCUUAGAACACAGGUCCUAUGGUUUGAAGAAAAAGGAUUUGGUUCAAGAUAUCAGAGAGGCAAGACAAGCCUGUUCCUGAAACACACCACUCUGUGGCGAGCGCCUGUGCCCUUGUUGCUGGUGUUUUGUUUCUUUCUCUUCCCACUAACAGACGUGGACCUUCCCCUGUAAUUCUAGAUACUCUGUUUUUUUAAGAACCUCUUCUUUGUGUGCUGAAAUCUAUAACAUUCAUGUAUUAAAGGAUGAGAAUUACUUAGUCAUGAAGGCCUCCGAGUUAAUUCCAGUGUUCUGAAGGAUAAAACUUUAAUUGGCAGUCUUGGCUUGAUUGAAGGUUUGCAUAUCAGUAUGUCUUCUCCCUCCCCCUUCCUUCCCCUCCCACUUCUCUCUCCUCUGUCUCUUUUCUCUCUUGUGAAGAAGUUUGGACCAUAAUUUUUUUUAAGUAGUCAUGUCUGUGCGGAGUGUUUGAUUUGACUCCUUGGGGAAAUUAAUGGCCAAGAAGAGAAGGCCAGAGGUUCUAAGGUUGAAAUCCACUGGGCCUCCAUUUGUAUCCAUGCCACUGUAAUUAACUGGAACUUCCAUUGGUCAUUUGUGCGUUCAGUUGAUCAGAAAGCAAUACAGCCCAGCCUAUCUGUAAGUAAUCAGAAAAUACUGGCUGAUAGACCUGUUAGACGGUGUCCCUUUGGUCUGCCUCUUGAGUGCCUCAAGCCAGAGCACUCCCUACCCAGCCCCACUCAGUCCAGGUUGCCCUGCUGGCUGGGGGCUGGGGCCAUGGAAAGGAGGUCCAGGCACUUACACCGCAGUGCUGUCAGGCUGAGCAGGGAGGUGAGGGUCACUCGUGCCACAUAAAAUGCAGACUUAUCUCACUCCAGGAAUCAGUACUCCGGCUAGACCCCUGGUGUCAGGAUGGCCCUUUGUCUCUCUGCUGAUCUUGAUUCCCCGCCUUGAGUCGCUCCUUUCAGCUCCUCCUUGGUUCCCUUCGCCUGUUACACUGGUGUGAUUGUUUCUUGGCCACCACCUGUGUCACCUGCAUGCCCUGGUCAUACCUUACAGGAGGAUGAGUGGGACUAAAAUAGCUGAUUUUAUAUUUUCUAUUUCAGAGUCACCUUGGAGAAAAUUAGAUUGUUUUCACAACUGUUAUCUAACGCAGGAAGAGAAGACUUUAGAGACCCUUCUCUCCCGUGCUUGGUACUGGGAUGCUUAGGUGGGUGGUGCAUCAUGCCCCAGGGCCCCAGAGCAUCCCAGCCUGGUGGGUGGCUGCACCCUCUCCGUCAUCCCCCACCCCCUCCAGCCAGUGAAUGCAGUGUAGGGUCACACAGGAUGGGGUCGCAGCCGGCAAACUAAACAUUGUGAUAUUCAGGUCCUGGUUAUGGCUAAACAUUUGCUCCUGGACUGGAGUUCCCUUUUGUUUGUAAACAGUGAGUCACUUUAGUGAUGACAGCAGUUUGAGACUUAGAAUAGCAAGACUCUUAAUUUGGGGGCUGGUAAUAAAGGAUGUGAAUGGCGGGAUGUGAAAAGGUAAAUUUUUGAUUAAAUACUUACUACUUUAAAUGUUUUUAUUAAUUUUCUAAAAUUAAAUUAAUUGAAUGUUAAAAUUGUGCCUCCUAUUGAUCCUUAGGGGGUUUCAUGAGUUUUAGAAACUUGAUCGGAACUACCCUCCCCCCUAAAAAGGCAUUAAAAUUCCAGGUCUUGUCCCACAAGCAGUAGGUUUCUGCACAGGUUCAAAUAAGACCAAGUCUUAGCAAACGUGAGUAGUUCUAAAAUGCUUCUGGAAGCCGAGCUCUGAAAGGGUGGCAUUUGAAUUGGCAGAGAAGAGAGGGCUGUUCCAGAAGGACGGUUCAGCCCUUUAUUCAGCCACCGUGUGUUGCACAGCUCAUCUGUGUGUCAGCUUUGCAGGCUUCUUGGGACGUCAAGAAAACUUUGUUUCCCCGGCAAGAAUAUGUGCUUGAGAGUAAAUACCAUGUCUCCGACAGGGCUCUUAAAAUAGUUGGUGCUUCAUCGGUGAUUUGACUUGAAGCUUUUGCUCUGUUUUCAAGGAAUUCAAUAUUUCAGGAGCUUAACGUCUAUGAAAAAGUAACCCUUCUGGGUACCAUGUGAUUAGGUGCCCGGUGAGCAAUUGAGGAGUUGAGUAGAGGACAACCUAGAGAAGGAGGGCUGGAUGGGUGGGUGUGAUUCACAUGGGUGGGGAGAGCAAACCAGACACAGUGUGACUGCACCUGCCUUACGGACAAGGAGGUCUGUUCGCAAAGCCCGGAUGAGGCCGCGGACCCCAGAGGCCUCGACCAGCGAAGGUGUUUAGAUGUUAUAAUAUGAGUCCAGAGAAGGUCCACAUGCCCCUUCAAGGCAUUUGCCUUAAAAGUGGUUCUUUAAAAGGACAUAAUAAGAAACUUUACAUGCUGUUCUGUGUGGUUUGAAAAUCUAAGAAUCUUUAGGAAAUAGGAGACCUCUGCAACUUAGUUAUUGACAGUAGAUUAAUCCGUACAUUUGUGCCAUGUCCGUCACCAUAUUGUAGUCUGGGUACACAAAGAAUAUGGGUUGAUGUCAUCCCUGCCCCAAUAUAAAGUCAGGUAGGACAUUCCCUGCAGUUUAAGCCUCCUUGCAGGUCCCCCCGGCUCUCGCUGUGAAUUGUGAGGACGGUUGCUUCUCUCCUGUGCUCCCUGUGCCCUGUUAGCACAGCACCGAGGCCGGCAGGGAGGGCAUCCACACUGGCUCGAAGUUUGGACGCAUCCUGGAGGCAAAAGGCUCUAUAGAGGCUUGUUACCAGCCUUCACAGGCAGGCUCCCCCUGCCACCUUGCAAAAGCCCAGAAGUUACUGGGAGAUGGCAGAAAGCGUACCUACCUACACAGACACGCUUUUCUGUACACACACUCAGCCUUUUUUUUUUUAAUAGUGCAUAUAGGUGAGUGUCUUCCCAGUAUCUCCCUAAGUGGCACCUUUGCCACAAGAAGCUUAUUUUAAGCAUCCCUGUCACAUCCUCACCUUCUUCAUAAGCAUUUCCUUGCCCAUCAGAAAACACCAGAGCCUAUGGGCUGUGUUUCCUGGAAACUUGAGUGUCCUUUUUGGGAGGCUCCUCAACUGAAUGCAGAUUGGCCUCCAGCCUGGCCAGAGCUUCCAUACCUACCUGUUCUGCUUCCCUCGCCGACUUUUCCUUGUCUAAGCCGGCAAGUUGACAGCACUUGCCAACAUGUAUUUCCCUGGAGCGGCACCUCCCACGCCCCUUCUCUGGCAGUCACGGAGGACGGACUGCUCAGCUCAGGCCAAGGCUGGAUUGUAGGCCCCCAGGCCCUGUCAGUGGCCCCAGGCUGGUUUUCAUGCACCUCCCGGAAUCCUCUUUAUCACCCACUCCAACAUGGAAGACACUGAAAAAUCACCAAAGUAAGCCAGUGUUGUGUCCAUGCGCACUGUCUGGAGCUGCUGCAUGUUUUGCCUGUGAAGGUGACCUCCAAGGGAACGGCUUCCGUUUGCGUGUUCCAAAAACAUAGGUGGCUGCCUGACCCAAGGACCCCCCCCCCCCAAAAAAAAUGCCAUCUUUUCCUAGGGUGACACCAGCUACAAAACCCUCGGUGGGUGCUGGCAGAUGGCGGUGGCUCAUUAUGAACUGGGUGUCCCUUGGCUCCCUCUGGGGCAGAGCAGAGGGGGUGGCAGGCAGGCGUCUCUUUGCUCUCAGGGGCAGAAUCAGCCACACUCUGAAAUACAGCCCUGUUCUCCGAACGCUGCGUGAGGCUCCGCUGUCAGAUUGUGUGAACAUCCACUCUUUUUCUUUUCUAUCCUGAAUGUUCAUAGUUAUAGUCCCCAGCUUGCCCCAGGGGUUGCAAGUUUGGCUUAAAUGAUCCGUACGUUUGAUUUUAUUUCUCAGGCAGACUUUCCUCCAACAUGUUUUAGUUUUAGCUAGGAGAGCAGUCGAUGACCUUCCUGGGUUUGUGGAUGUCUCUUUUUCCUCCGGUGACAUAUUUGGUAUUGGGGUCCUGUUCCUUUCUUCUCUGCCAAGAAGAUGAAAACACUACUGAAAACCCCAGAUCUGCCGCCUGGGAGUUACUUUGUGGGAGGACAGCAGUAGGAACGUUUAUGUUUUUAUUCCCAGAUUAAAGUUGAUUGGGGUUGUUA